AUGACGGGAAGUACCCCCCUCCUGCCGCUAAACUCAUCAACCGCACCCUCAUCCGACAGCAAGCGUUCGAGCGAGCUAGAGCUUCCCGCGCCGAAGAGGAUCAAAUCAUCUUCGACGCCCUAUCCGAUUAACCCCAUCGCCCCACGCACACGUUUCAGCAUUCCUCUAGUGUCCACAUCCCCAUCCACACCAAAGGUCUCUUCCCCCCAACGUUACAAACCAGGACUCGUUCCCCUCCCAUCAUCACUAAGACCCCAUUGUCUCGCGCGAGAGAGGCUUCGCAAAUGGCUGCCAGCGGGAGAUAGCACUCGUCGUCCCUCAUCCACAGAACCCAGUAUCCCGCACAUCAGCGUCUCAGACGAUCAACUCAACCGCAUUCUUGAAGUGAUAGGUUCAUCCUGGGCCGAAACCACUAAAGAAACCUAUGGCGCUGGAUUAUUAGUGUUCCACGUGUACUGUGACUCCUUUAGCAUACCUGAGGAACAAAGAUGCCCAGUAUCUCCCACCCUCCUUCUCGCGUUUUUAUCCAGCUGUGCCGGAUCUUAUUCUGGGGCUGCAUUAGCUAAUUACGCAGCGGGACUGAAAGCGUGGCACCUUCUUCAUGGACGCUCGUGGAUGGUUAACACCAAGGAGCUCAAAGCGAUCCUUGACGGGGCCACAGCGCUCGCUCCAUCAACUUCCAAGUCCUCCAAACGCAAUCCAUUCACUGUAGACAUUUUGGCAACCAUCCACGCCCAUGUCAAUCUAGACGACCCACUGGAUGCCGCCGUAUUCGCUUGUAUUACAACAAUGUUCUUCACCAUAGCAAGACUCGGCGAAUUCACAGUACCUGCUAUCAAAGCCUUCAAACCGUCAAAACACAUCACACGCGAAAAUGUGUCGACGGCAGUUGAUCGAAACGGCUUACCAGUCACAAAGUUCCACAUUCCGAGCACGAAGAUGGCGCCAACAGAAGGGGAGGAUGCCUACUGGGCAGCGCAGGAAGGGCCUUGUGACCCGAAAGCCGCCCUCGAGAACCAUUUUCGAGUCAACCCAGCAGGAGACAAGGCUCACCUGUUCGCCUGGAAACACCCCAAGGGCUUGAGACCCCUCUCGAAACCAGAGCUAUCCAAGAGACUCACCGCCAUCGCACGCGCAGCCAGUCUCCCAGACCUCAAGGGUCACGGCCUCAGAAUAGGAGGAACCCUGGAAUACCUCUUACGAGGUAUUCCCUUCGAUGUAGUCAAAUCCAUGGGCCGUUGGUCAAGUGAUGCAUUCACGCUGUACCUACGUGACCACGCGGUCAUCAUCGCACCCUAUAUCCAGGCAUCCCCCGCACUAGAACCAUUCACGCGCCACACAAUGCCCCAAGUGCGUUAG